AUGGAAAACUAAUCUCAGGGGUAAACUUCCAACUAAUCAUAAUCAAAACAUAGAUAACAAGAUUCAGUUGGAUCUGCAAUAUAUCCAGACAGUAUUCUCUCAUAAAAAUAAAACCAUUCUUCAUAGCAAUCUCAAGCCUUAAAUGGUUCAUAACUUAAAAGAAAAAGUUCCACUUAAAAUAAAAAUGAAUCCUUUACAUAAAACAAUGAUUAGGAUGAAUAAAAUGAAAAUAAUGAAUUAAGUAAAAGUUGGAACAAUUAAGAUUCGUUAAAUUAAAUAGAUCAUUAAGGUGAUUAAUUUAAUUCCUAAGACUAAGAUAAUGAUUCAGCAUAGACAUUUCAUUAAAACUAAUCCAAAAUUGUAGAGAAUGCUGAGGAUUAAGAUUUUUAAGAGUUAAGAGAAAAUAAAUAAAUGAAAAAGUCAGAAGAACAGAGUAAUAGACAAACUUAAAUUGCAAAGGAAGAAAAUCAAUCCAAUUUUGUAUUAAAACAAGUACCAACUGAAGUAACAGAUAUAAGAUAAAAUGAUGAAGAAAUCUAAAACAAUGAUAAAAUGCUAAAAACUUAAGAAGUUAUGGAGAAAUUCAAACAAGUUAUAAAAUCUCCUAAAACAAGAUCUCCUUAAUUGUCAUCCGAAGAUCCUUAUUAAUUUAAUAAACCAAUAAUCAAGCCUUUAUAAUUGUCUUAGUAAGACAACGAAAAGUAUUCUGAGAAGAUGAUUGAAAUGAAUUUAAAGGAAAUUUAUAAAUUUUAUUCAAAAUAAACAUAAACUUCAAAUAAAUAAAAUACUUUUGAUUAACUUCAAUAGAUUUAAUAAGUAAUGACCUUGUAAAAGUUUAUGUACUUUUGCAAAAAUUUCGAAUUAAUAGAUUUGGAAAUAGACAAUGAUUUUGUUUAUUAACAUACAGGCUAAGCUGCAACCAAACCACUUAAUAAGAUUAAAUAUAAACAUAAAGAGAAAGAGAAUUUUAUAGUUACAAAAGUGAUUUUGGUAGAAAUAUUUAAAAAGUGUUCAAAUAUAUAAGAAUUGACCUAUUAAGAAUUUUUAUCUGCUUUAAUGAAGAUCGCAGAUGUAAUUUUCCCAGUUGAUAACUCUUUAAGAGCAUUGUAUGACUAUCUUGGAGUUCAUGAUCCUAAAAUUUAUAGAAAAAAGAUGAUAGUUGUAGGCAAACCAUUUAAUACCAAAGAUCAAAGCGAAAUCUUAACAUAAGAGAAGCUUUGUUCUCGCAGAUUGAUCUUGCCAGCAAAACCUAAACCUAGAGCUGAAAGUUUUAAGUAAGAACCAGCACUAACAAAUGUUAAUAACAUAUCUGUUUAAGAGAAACCAAAAAACUCAGCUAAGAAUUUAUAAAAGUAAAAAGAGAAAUCCAAUAAUCUCAUAAACUGGGAAGAUUUGGGAAAUGUUCCAAAAGGGUUUGAUCCAAAGGAAUUAUUACUUGAGUAGGACUUAUCAGAUAAGGAAGAUGAGUAUUAUUUGUAGGAGUAUCUAAUACCAACUAUAGAAAGAGGGAAAAAAGAAGAAGCUUUAUUAAAAGCUUAAUAAUAGAGGUUAUAAAGUAGUAAUCAAGAAUAAUAAUAAUAAGUUGAGGACAAAUACUCUAAUCAUAACUAGAAUAAUAUUACUAUAGAAGAUUACUCUUAAUAAUAAGCUGUUAAUUAACAAAAAAUAUAUAAAUAAUUACUACAUUAAUAAUAGACUUAAUAAAUACAAUCUACUAUGUAAACUGAUUAAUCUCCUAAUAUCAAUACUAAUCAAUCUAGCAAUCAAACUCCAUUGUUGUUAUCUAAAAAAAAAAACUUCAUUGGAGCCAGACAAUUAUAGGAAUCUCAAUCUUAUAGUUAAUCAUACAAAGCAUAAUAAAUUAAAGCCAAUAAAUAAUCAGCAAAAGUUGUUCUUAAUACUUCUGUUGAACAUAAUUCUCCAAUUACAAUCAGGAAGGAAAAUGAAGGACUUAAUGCUAUUAAAAGGGCUGAAGCUGAGAAAAAAUAAAGAGAAUAACAAAUUUUUGUUGCUUUUAUUAAGAAUUAAGAAUAGAGAGAGAAAAAAGUAAAUAAAAAAUGA